AUGGCGAGAGUGAAAGUUCUCUUAACUGGGGCGACGGGAUACAUAGGCGGCACCGUCUUGUCCACACUGCUCGCAUCUCAGUCUCACCGCAUCCGGGACAUCUCGAUCACGGUUCUGGUGCGUAGACAGGAGCAGGCCGACAAACUCGUCUCAAGCCGUGUCACUCCUUUGAUAUUCAGUGGUUUAGAUGACCUGGAGCUUUUGGAACGCGUUGCAAGCGAGCAUGACGUGGCUAUUCACACUGCCUCGGGGUUUCACACAGCCUCCGCAGAAGCGUUAAUCGCUGGUUUAAAAAAGAGGAGCACGAAUUCUUGUUAUAUUCAUACCUCUGGCACAUGGAACCUUGCUGAGGCAUCUCUCGCCGAUCUCGGUGCGCAGGUGCUGGAACUCACAGAUAAUGAUGAUAUCAUAAAGCUCGAGGAGAAACUCCAGGCUCAAAGGCCGUUCUCACAGCGUGCGACUGACCUCAGAGUUAUGUCGGCCGUCGCUGGUUCGCGGGUGAAGGCACAUAUUAUCAUGCCCCCGGAUGUUUAUGGCUCCGGCACCGGGUUGUUCGCAAAGACUACGCCGCAGAUCGAAGAUAUGGCUAGAGAUGCUCUGAAGCACGGCCAAGCGGCUUACAUCAGAAACGAAGAUGGUAUCGUGGGAUAUGUUCAUGUUGCUGACCUUGCUGCGCUGUACGUGGUGCUUCUCGAUAAACUAUUUAAUGAUGAUGCAGCAAAUUCUGUGAGUGAAGGGAUAUACUUUUGCAGUGCCGGUACACAUAGCUGGCAAGAAACCACGGAAAAGAUUGGCGAAAUCGGAUUUAGAGACUCUCACUUGGUUUCUGCCGCCCCCAAGGCGAUAAGUAUCAACGAGGCCGCCGAACGAUGGUCUGGAGGAGACGUCGGAGACCUGAGGAUGGGAUAUUGUUCCAGAUUCAACACAAAGCCGGACAAGGCAAUAGACCUUGGUUGGCGGCCACAGAAAGACCAAAGGGACUGGCUGGCCUGGAUUGAUACGUCGUUUCGGGCAGCACUUAAAGGUCAGGGGAAGGAUUAA